AUGGUCCAUGAUCUUAUUGUCUCUUCACAACUUGACUUGCUCGCAAUUACGGAAACCUGGCUCUCUUCGCUGAACGGAGUCACCUGUCUCGAAGCUUGUUCCCCUGAGGGUUACUCCUCGACUCAUGUUCCAAGGAUGGGUAGGCUAGGUGGGGGUGUGGCGCUUAUUUACAAGGACACCAUACAGAUUCACCCGCAUCCGGCUGGUUCUUUCUCAACAUUCGAACUACUGGACAUCACCGUCACGGUUAAAUCGGUUGCCACCCGCCUUGUGAUCAUCCACAGGCCUCCGGCUCGGAAUAAGAUCCAGUUUCUGCAUGAAUUCUCAGCGCUUCUUGAAUCAAUCGGCUCUUCGUCUUCGGGCAAUCUCCUGAUUGCUGGCGACUUCAAUCUCCAUGUCGACAGGCCAGAUUCUGUGGAGCUAGAGUUCUUGUGUCUCAUGGACUCCUUUCAUUUGGUUCAGCACGUCUCUGCCCCAACGCAUGUGAGUGGUCAUCUUCUUGACCUGGUGUUCUCAAGAGCGACGAAACAAAUUGUCACUUCGACGUGGGUCUCCGACAUUUUCAGUGACCAUUUCGUGGUUUACUGCUCACUACGACUUGCCAGACCUCAGCAGCCGACUAAGAAGGUGACCUUUCGGCCUUUCAAGUCCAUCGUGAUCGAUGAUUUCGUGAAGGAUCUGGCGUCUCUGCCACUUCUUACGUGUCCAGCAUCUACAUCGGAGGGCUUAUUGAAACAGUAUAAUGAUGGGGUUCGGUCUACUCUGAACAAACACGCACCUCUUCAAACGAAGGUUUUCGUCAUACCUCCGUCAUCUCCUUGGCUGAACGAAGACAUCAAGGUCGCCAGGCGCACUCGUCGUAUGGCGGAGCGACGAUGGAGGAAGAAUCCGAUUGUUGUGCAUCGCCAACUACUGAGCUCUGCGAGGAAUUGGCUCGGUGACCUGAUGGAGAGCGCCAAAAGUUCUCACCUGAAGGGACUAAUCGCUGAAUGCGGUUCUGAUCAGAGGGCGCUUUUUCGGCUGGUGAAUGGCUUCCUGUCAAGAUCGAAGGCACUUAGGCUACCUCAGCACAGUUCAAAACGGGAUCUGCUGAAUCAGUUCUCAUCGUUCUUUCUCAACAAGACCAUGGAAAUCAGAAGUCAACUUGAUCUUGCUCCGGUUGAAGCCGAAUCUAGUCCGGAAACAACGUCUCCUGUUCCGCUGUUCGACUCGUUUGUUCCUGUUGGUGUCUCUGACAUUACAGAGAGAAUUCUUUCUUCUUCCAACAAAUCAUGCUCCCUCGACCCAAUUCCAACUCAUGUUUUGAAAAGUGUUGUAUCUGUACUCGCCCCAGCAAUUACUUGUAUUGUGAAUGAGUCAUUGAUGAGUGGUAUAUUUCCUGAUACCUUUAAGAUGGCUAAUGUCACUCCACUCUUGAAAAAGCCCUCUUUGUGCCCAGAGCAACUUUCCAACUACAGACCUGUCUCUAAUCUGUCUUACUUAUCUAAGCUUACGGAGCGUGUGGUAGCUGAUCAGUUUGUAUCUCACCUAAACAGAAAUGAUUUGUAUGUCCCUGUUCAAUCUGCCUAUUGGGCGUUUCAUUCUUGUGAAACUUCUCUUAUACGUGUUUUAAACGACUUACUUAUCUCUGUUGACGAGGGUAUGGGGUCUGUUCUUCUUCUGCUGGACUUGAGUGCUGCCUUCGACACUGUAGACCAUGCAACUCUCAUUCAGAGGCUCUGUGAUCGUUAUGGUGUCUCGGGUAGGGCUCUGAAUUGGUUCGAGUCGUAUUUGAGUGGUCGGAGUCAAUCGGUGACUGUUGGUGAUGUUGCGUCUGACUCUAGUGCCGUCGUAAUGGGUGUGCCACAAGGCUCAGUUCUGGGUCUGACUCUGUUUUCUACCUAUUCUGGCCCAAUAUAUCACAUCUCAGUGCGUCACGGGAUCAACUCGCAGCUCUACGCGGAUGACACGGACUUCUAUGCAAAGUUCGAGCUUGACCCUGAGCAUUUGAACCAGAAAGAAACAUACGGGCGACUGGCGGGCUGUGUGGACGAGACGAGGGCUUGGAUGAAGAGGAACAAGCUUAAGUUUAACGACGACAAGUCUGAGCUCCUGCUGGUCUACUCAUCAAGAAAGCGCUGUCAACCUUCUCCGUUGCCUCUUCAAGUUGGCGAGAGCAGCUUGACCCCUCGUGCCUCAGUCAAGAACCUGGGCGUCAUCAUUGAUAAGCAUCUCUCAAUGGAGGAGCAAGUUCAGAGCCUGUGCAAGAAAGCUAAUUUCCACAUCUGGAGCAUCGGCCGAAUUCGCAGAUUCCUGGACGACGCUACCACUGAGAAGCUUAUGCAUGCUUUUGUUUUCUCCACCAUCGACAGCUGCAACUCUCUUUUGUAUGGACUCCCCGACAAGCUCCUGGACAGACUUCAACUUGUCCAAAACAAGGCGGCGAGGAUGCCGCAUAGUAGCGUGCGUGAAAAUAAAAAUUCGUUCAAAGUUGAAUACACAUGCCCGCAUAGUAGCGUGCAACCCAAUCCUGCAGAAGAACAACUUGUUGAAGACAUUGAUAAACUGAAGUCCACAAAUAGGAAACUUGAAGACACAAUUACUUUAUUACUUUUACGACUUGAAAGAAAUUUGAAGAAAAAAGAAGACGAAAAUGAGGAACUGACAGAUACUUUGGAAAUUCUUCGCUCGUGGUACGAAGAGCCACGAGAGUUAGCACAGCAAAUGAAAGAUAUUCUCCUCCAUCUUAAUGACGUUAUUUCUAACUUGAAUAGACGACCGAAAGCAUUACCUCUUACACCAUCUGCGAGUCCUUCUCAGUCUGCUGCUAAGCGGAUGGUUCCAUUCGAUGGUGACAUAAUGAUCGAGUACAAUGCUCUGCGAGAUGCAAUUUGUUACGAGAGAGAAGGUCAAUCGAAGGAUUCGCUCAAUGCAAUGGUGGGAAUUUUGAUUGACUAUUUUAUCCUGCCCCAAGAGCAAGCUGAAUACUCUCUUAGUGGUCGUGCAUGCCGCUCAAAUUCCAUACGCUGUGCUAACUCUCGUGGCUCUUCGUACCAAGUAUUAAAGAAAUAUUGA